UAGUCAAACAAAUUUAGUGAAGAAGAAAGAAUUUUAUAAAUGUUCAGUCAUUCCACGGUCAAGGAAGGAGGAAGCAGUUAAUGUACCAUGUCUUUUUGUUUUGUUUUUCCUAGUGGUGUUGGGGAUGGAGUCCAGGGCCUCCUGAACAGGAGGCAAGGCUCCUACAACACAGGGUUACUUCCCCAGGCUUUGCAAUUAUUGAGUACUUUUCCAAAUUAUCUUUUUCCUGUAUCUAUUCCAAAUCCUCUUGUUUUUGUUUGUUUUUUUAACAAACUACAUCACAGUCAUACUAACCAUCCAAAUCUUGUUAAUAAUUCAUGCUUCUGUAAAGAACUCCUCUCUGCCGUCGUCUACUGAACUAGAAACUGGUCCUUUAAGUGACUGGCGAGCUUCCAACUGCCUCCAAAAGUCCAAGUACUUAUCCACGAUUUUAAAUAACCUCUUUCGGAUUCUUAAAAUUGUCCUGACUCCACAGAACAACUGGAGCUCUUUAAAUAAGUCCCACAAAUGUAUUCCUUAUUGGUCAGGGGCCUUACCCGCCAGCUCACAAGGCUGUUAGGCACAGUAAACAUACGCCACACGACCAGAUCAAGUUCUUUUUCCUUACAGUGAUUUCCAGAAAUCACUUUAAUAGGAGUCCCUGACUGCGUGUUCACCUCUGAUUCCUAGGAUUUUUGCGUGUGUGUGUGUUGGAGGGGAAAAGGGAGGUAUUCCUCCCUUUCCAGUAAUUUAACAUAUACUAGGACCAAUCAAUAGGCCGCCGAAUGAAUUACCAUCUCCAGUGUUCCUUCAAUCUCCGCCCUCAGGACCUUUGGUUUGUUUGGGUCGGAUCCCCUCAACCCUUUGGGAUACUAAGUUUGUUUAGGGCCCGAGCACGGGUUCUCUCCUGCGUCCUCGUUGGUGCACCGAGGACGGCUUUAGCAGGUCGACCGCACACCGGAGUCAAGGCCGGGCGAGGACUGACUGACCAGGGCGACUUCUGCCGACGCACGGAGGGAGAAGAAACAGCCCCUGGGCAGAGGCAGACAGCGCCUACAUGCCCGGAGGCCGAGCAGGGAGACUGGGAAACUCUCCCGCAGGGAAAAACAGGCGUGAGGGUGACCAGACCGAGGCUUGGAGGGGGAAGGGAGGCGGGAGAAGAACCGGACCCGGCCCGGAUCCGGGAGGGGCGGGGAGGACAACUCGAGUACGGCGGCUCCGGCGGUCCCCGCCGGCCCGGAGGCAGGGUGGCCGUUAUCGACCUCACCGAAGGGAGCAGUCGGGGAGCGUCCUCCACUCACCUGGAAGCGGCUUCCGCCGGAGGCUCCAGCGGCCCCCUUCCCAAUCUAAGCCACGUCAGCUCGGGAAUCCCAAGCGCUACACAUACCACCGCCGCGCCGCUCCCCGCCAGGGACUCAACCCCUCGCGGUCGGGACGGAAGGUGGGAUUAUGACAUCAACCAAUCAACGGUAUCGGCGGGGCGUUACCACGGAGACCAGGCACGCCUUGUUUGUAACUAG